GUCAUCCAGUGUGGAACCGCCAUGACAAAACCUCUGCAAGUCUCGUCAAAAACAGUAGUUAUUCAGCCUGGCUCAACUAUUCUUCGGAUUGGCCUUGCGUCGGACGGCAAGCCGACAGUUUUGCCUAAUUGCAUUGCUCGAAGACGAAAAUCGACUGCAACAUGCACCAUCUCUUCAGCGGUCCCCAGACUAGGAGUUACUGUUACUCCUACUCUGCUAGAGAGCCUGCCUGAAGAUCUGUUUACAGAAGCCGAGAAACUCCAGGCGAGUGUUCUGCCAAGAGACAGCUUCAAGUUUGCCCGAAUACCGGAAAAUACUGCUGCCGAUAGAAAAAUAGAGGAUAGCCGUAUUUUCUUUCCAUUUCUCCAUGGGCUCGAAAAUUUUGAAAGCGAGGAUUUUAUUGUGAAUUGGCCAAUUCAAGGUGGUCGCUUUAAUCCAACUCAAUCACCAACUAGUGUCGUGCAGGAUCUGGAGGAUAUGUGGUCAUACGCUUUGGAAAACUUCCUUGGUAUUCCACCGAAGACGUUUCACCUCUUCUCUGUGAUACUCGUGAUCGAAGACAUCUUCAUGCGACGCGAGGUGCGUCAAAUGACCGGAAUGCUACUCACUAAUCUCAAGUUUGCUCGAGUCGUUGUACAGCAGGCCAGCGCAUGCGCAACCUACGGCGUUGGUCUUCCCACUGCCUGUGUUGUUGACAUCGGCUCACAGAAGACGUCGGUGGCCUGUGUCGAUGAAGGUGUAUCUCUGCCGGAGUUGAUCUGA